UCUCGGUUGCCCAUUAUCUGAUGAGUCACAACUGUUAUGGAGGCACAAGGGAGACCUGCACUACAUUAGGGGGUCAUAAUGUUAUGGCUGAUCGAUGUACAUUCUAAUAUCCAUGAUGUUGAAUCUUUUUUCUUUCUUUUUUUUAAAAAAAAUCUAAAAGAAAACAUAGCUCAACUCCUCAGGUUUUCUGUCUGAUGUGUUUAUGGCUGUUUGACACUGACACUGAGGAAUGUUUUAAUAAGCUGUCGUUCAGGUUCUGGUUGAACUUGCUUGAUGACAUUCUGCUCAUAGCCGCCUGUGUUCAUGAAGCACCACACGCCCUCCCGGGCUAACACAUCAACUAACUUCAGAUGGUCUGUGAGUGAAAUGUUUUGUCUGUAGAUGGGAAUGUAGAUUUUUACAAACUGAUCAUUCGAAUGAUUAAACUGAAGCAAAGUGAAAUAUUUUCCAAAAAUCAGCUGUUCAUUUUUCUUCUGAUCAACCGGUCAAUGCUGGGUUGCGCUCCCCAGUCAUCUUUGGUUAACCGUCAGGGCAGGCACAGCUGACCCAUGGAGGACAGAACAGACAAUCCAAUAGCCGUUAAGGUGGAGGGUCACUCUCAGUGUGUCGUCCUGACUUACUUCCAGGGGGACACCAACAGCAUGGUGGAUGCUCACUUCAAGCGCGCUCUCAGCAAAGUCUGCAAGGCCAAAGCACCGGCAGCAAAGACAAAGAAUAGCCGUAAAAUUAUUAAAUUGGAGGAUCCCAACUCUUGUCAGGGCAGUGUUGCUCACUCUUACACCGAGCCUCAGGUCCCCCCUGCAGCAGGACGCCUCCUCACCUUCAGGUCCGCGGACGACUCCCCUGGCACCUGGCACUCGAUCGGUGGGGAGGGUCCAGGAUUGCAGUCCAUCACAUACCCCUUGCCCCCAGCGGGGCUGAGUCUUACCGGACAACAAUAUGCCACAUCCCUGCUGCACCUACUUCACAGUGACCGGGGUGAGUUGGGACCCAGCAUGGCCUCCGGCUCCAAGCAAGAAAUGCUUCCCGGCUGGACAGUACCUCAAGGGUUUAGAGAGUCCGUGGACCCUGCAGUCAGCGUGGAACCUGGACGGAGUAUGGACAAGAAGGACUUGUACUGGUACUGAAGAGGAGAGGACCGAAGCACCAGAGGCAGGCAACGACUCCAACGGCACCACAUACCUGUGGCUUUGUGAAGCCACCUGUCUUUCUGUUCGCUCAACAAUAAAUAGCAGUGCUUCCAUUCCCUGCCCCACUCUCUCCCUUCCUCGGUUAAAUUUUCUCCGUAGCCCAGCAUUACGUGGAACAGCUUCUUUAACAGAGAACAUCCUCUGACAAACCGGUUCGUCGGCUCCGUCAUUCCUCUCUCUGAGCACUGUGUAUGUUGAUGUUCCCUCGGUGGUGCAGUCGGACAGAGGGGAAUUUUCUUGUGUGCAGACAUUUUUAUUAGUGAAAAGACCAGUAUUAAGUGUGGACAUUGAGAGCUGUAACUGUUGAUUAACCUGUCUGUGUAUGCUCCACAGUUUUGGUUGGCCGGAGGAUAUUUUACAUUAUGUGCCUGAGAACAAAAAAAAUGAAGGAUACUCAUGUGAUGUUAAUGCCUUGUUUUCUGUGAUCUUGUGAAGUUAGUGUAAGUAAUGUAAUAUAAAUUAACCUUGUACACACAUUUAAAUAAACGUCAGAGCAGACAGAUGGAGAACGUCAUGUCUUCAGUGGCUUUGUACAGUAAUGAGCAACAGGGCGGGAAAAACUUGUGAAAAGAACAACAGUGACACCUAACGGCAGGUUUGAUAACACACUCUGAUGUACUGUACAAAAUGUUUGAGAUAUAAAGACAUAAAAGGCAUACAUGUAGUGGUGGUUAUAAAUUAGACACUCUCGCGGGCUGCUUUUGGCCCUCGAGCCGUAUGUUUGACAUCUGUGCACUAGACUGGAGCCUGUCCCAGCUGUCACUGGGCGAGAGGUAGACUGAGGACAGGACGCUAAUCUAUCACAGGGCUAACUCAUAAAGUACUACUUGAGUAUUUACAUUUUAUGGUCUAUUAAUAUUCCAUUACAUGUGAGAGGAAAAUAUUUGUCUGACUACAUUUAUUUGAAAGCUGUGCUAACUAGUUUCUAUACUAUGUACAUAAAAACAUUUUAAUUAUGUCUUAGUUGAAGGGAGACACUAGAGGUGAAUGGGGCAAAUUAUUAUUAGAUAUUAUAUUGCCUGGUUGUUUAGUUAAGUUCUAUUAAGAUGAUUAUUUUAAGACAUUUUCGUUUCUGAAAUUGUAUGUGUAAGCAGAAUAAAACAAAGUAAAAUGGAA